AUGUCGAUUUCUUUGUUCUGUCUUUUUCUCAUCACCUUUGUUUCGUUGAUCUUUGUAGGCAAGAAGAUCAAACGAUCUAAAUGGAAUCUUCCUCCAAGCCCUCCUAAGUUUCCGGUCAUCGGAAACUUACAUCAACUAGGAGAAUUGCCUCACAGGUCAUUUCAACGUCUAGCCGAAAGAACAGGACAUGUUAUGCUUCUUCAGUUAGGGUUUGUCCCUGUAACUGUUAUCUCAUCGAGAGAAGCAGCAGAAGAGGUGCUUAGAACUCAUGACCUAGACUGUUGUAGCAGGCCUAAGCUUCUUAGUACGAGGCUAAUCUCUCGGGGUUUUAAAGAUAUCAGUUUUGUUCAAUACGGUGAAGAGUGGAAAGAGCGGCGCAAGUUCUUGGUGCGUGAGCUUUUCGGUUUGAAAAAGGUUCGGUCUUUUGGAUAUAUUAGAGAGGAAGAAUGUAACUUCCUUGUCAAGAAACUUUCGGAAUCAGCUGUUGAUCAGUCUCUGGUUGAUUUGAGAAAACCCCUUGUCUGGCUAACUGCAAGUAUCUUGUGUAGAGUUGCAUUUGGACAGAGUUUCCAAGAGAGCGAGUUUAUCGAUAAGGAAAAGGUAAAUCAGAUAGUGUUUGAAGCCGAGGCAGCUGAGGCUAGUUUUACUUUCUCUAAUUUCUUUCCUUUUGCCGGACUUGGAUGGCUUGUUGACUGGAUCUCCGGGCAACACAAGAGGCUCAAAGAUGUCUUGUUCAAGCUAGAUGUUCUGUUUCAACAUGUGAUUGAUGAUCAUUUGAAACCUGGACGAUCAAAAGAUAGUAAAGAUGUCGUUGAUUUAAUGUUGGAUGUGAUGCAUAAACAAGGCAAAGAUGAUGAUGAUUCCUUGAAGCUCACGAUAGAUCAUAUUAAGGCACUUCUCACGAAUAUAUUUAUCGCAGGGAUUGACACAGGAGCUAUUACCAUGACAUGGGCAAUGACAGAGCUCGUUAGGAACCCGGAAGUGAUGAAGAAAGUUCAAGGUGAGAUCAGAGAACGUCUUGGCAACAAUAAGGAGAGAAUCACCGAAGAAGAUAUUAAUAAAGUUUCUUUCUUGAACUUGGUGAUCAAGGAAACAUUCAGGUUACACCCAGCAGCUCCUCUUCUACUCCCAAGGGAAACAAUGGCUCACGUCAAGGUUCAAGGCUAUGAUAUUCCUCCAAAGAGAAGGAUCUUGAUCAACGCUUGGGCCAUAGGUAGAGAUCCAAAGUACUGGACAAACCCGGAAGAGUUUAACCCGGAUAGGUUUAUCGACAGCCCUGUGGAUUAUAGAGGCCAACAUUUUGAGCUCUUACCGUUUGGGUCUGGUCGUAGGAUAUGUCCCGGUAUAUCAAUGGGGAUAGCUACUGUGGAAUUGGGACUCUUGAACUUACUUUACUUCUUUGAUUGGAGAGCACCUGAUGGGAUGACACAUAAAGACAUCGAUACAGAAGAAGCUGGUACACUUACUGUUGUCAAGAAAGUACCUCUCAAUCUCGUCCCAGUUCGAGUUCAGUGAUUGCAUCAAACACCAAACUUUGAAGAUGUUUUUUGAUAUAAGAAAAAUAUCAUGCAAAUCUUGUAUUUUUUGUAUUGUAUACGAUUUGCUAAUUAUGCAC